AGCAUACGCUAUGCCGAAGAAUUUUAAAUAUCCUUAGUCAUUGCUUGACGCGAAAAACGUAAUUGUUUUUGAGUUUUGUGCUUUUUUUUUCCUGUAAUAAGUCGAAAGUCUUACCGAACAUCGCGAUAAUCAUGUCCGGAGGUUACGAUAGAGCGAUCACGGUGUUCUCACCUGAUGGUCAUCUUUUACAAGUGGAAUACGCUCAGGAAGCAGUGCGCAAGGGAUGCACGGCCAUAGGCGUGUUGGGAAAGGACUGCGUCGUGCUCGGCGUGGAAAAGAAAUCGAUUGCCAUGUUGCAGGAAGAACGGACCGUGCGCAAGAUUUGCCCGUUGGACUCGCACAUAGUUAUGGCUUUCGCCGGAUUGACGGCUGAUGCACGGGUCAUCAUCAAUCGGGCGCAAAUGGAAUGUCAGUCGCAGUACCUCACACUCGGUGAGACCGUUACAACCGAGUAUAUCACCCGUUUCGUUGCGUCUAUCAAGCAGAAGUACACCCAGAGCAAUGGUCGUCGCCCGUUUGGUAUAUCAUGUUUGAUUGCUGGGUUCGACAAUGAUGGCACACCGCACCUGUUUCAGUCCGAGCCGUCGGGCAUAUACUAUGAGUGGAAGGCCAAUGCCACUGGGCGUAACUGCAAAUUGGUCAAAGAAUUCUUACAGGAUAAUUAUAAUGAUGAAGCUGUUAGCACUGAACAGGGUACUAUCAAAUUAGCAGUUAGAGCAUUACUAGAAGUUGUUCAAUCUGGCCAAAAAAAUAUAGAAUUGGUAGUUUUGAAAAAUAAUGAAAAAAUGAGAAUGUUAGAUCCAGCAUCUCUUGAAGAAAUGGUUAAUGUUAUAGAAGCAGAAAAAGAAGCUUUAGAAAAAGAAAAAAACAAGCAAAAAGAUAAACAAUAAAAUUAUUUAAUAAGUCUGGUGAAUU